AUGAGCCGUUGUUUUUUGUCUGAGCAGAUGAUUGGCAGUGAGGCCUUGAUGGUGUACUCCGGGGCAUAUCAUUCGAGUGUGCAAAACACAAAUAAUUUCACGGUGGGUUCGUCGCAAUCGCAGGGUUUUACUUGGAAUCAGGACCUAUUCGCGUCGCAGUACCAGCAGAUGUGCAAAGUCGUCUAUGAUGGCCACGAGGAUAGCAUCGGUGGGUUGGUAGAGAGCAUCAAAGAAAAAUAUAAGAUGUUGGAGUUGUCACGCCAACGUUCGAGUUUCAGUAAGACGUCUGGCGAGGAAGUGGAUUGCGAUGAAGAAAUGGAAGACGAUGACGAAGCACUGGUUGACUGUGACGGGUACUAUAUAAGCCACAGGCGUGCUAGAGGCGUGAGGUUCUUCAAUCGUUCGGAUAGUGGCUCCUCGACGCACCCUCAUUUCGCAGAGGAGUUCAACAGACCCAGAAGGAUAUCGGAACGGAGUAUAAGCUUUGUGUCCGACUCGAAGAACGGGAAUUACAACCGCAGCGACAUCGCGGUGAUCGAGGUCGAAUCAGACACGCCCGAAAAUAAUCACCUCAGAUGGCUGAUAUCGUCUUCUUGA